GUGGGCCAACCGGUGGGGCCAUUACUAGCCACAGAGUGAAAGAGAGAGCUAUGACCAGAUAAAUAUCAACAAGGAAAAAUAAAGUAAAAGUGAAGUUACCGCGCAGACCUUGACUUGAUCUUAACCCGCCUAUUAAGUCGUCACGUCACGUCAACUUGAACAACUUCAACAUCAAUUUGACCAACCUUGGUCUUUGAAGUCUUGUUCACUUAUUCAAGUAGGUCAUUUGCUUCUUAAUUAACUAUUUAUUCUUUUUUAAUUCACUUCUCUUCUUCAAUUUGCUGCCCACAAUGGAAGAAGUCGCGAGUCCUCCAAAACGGAUGACGCGUGCUCGAGCAGCCGCGAAGGAUGCCGCCGCCAAUGUCAACCCCAAAGAGAGUGCGGCCAUGGCCGUGACCAAGACUGCGACCACAUCCAAACCCACCAAAGCAGCAUCCACCGCAACCACAACAAGAACCGCCACAACAUCGCGUGCUGCGAAACGAAAGACACGAUCCGACGAGAAUGAAGACGAAGAUGACCUCCAAUCGGAAGUCGAACAACCACGUGCUAUGAAUAAACCACCUAAAACCCGAGGCCGACCGAAGAAGGUUGCUGGAUCUGAGCCGGAACCCGAAUCCAAACCCGAAUCAGACGACACCCCAGCACCUAGUAGUGCUAAACCUACGCGUCCUAGAGCAAAGAGAGCUGCCACCGCCGCAACAGCUGCUUCUGCUUCUAAAGCUGAACCACCUAAGACACGUACGAGUACGCGAACGCGAAAAACAACUACCGAUGAUGGCAAUGCAGACGCACCAUCCGAGCCGGUCAAGAAGACCACGCGCUCGCGUGCUACGUCCACCGCCAAAGCUUCUACCGGUAUCGUCACUACCAGCAUAUCCACAGAGCCUACCCCAGGAUUAAAAUCUGCCGUCUCAAGGCCUGCGUCUAGGAUAGGAGGUGUCGUUAAGAAGACAGUUACCUUCCAAGAGCCGGAGAAAGAAAACUUGGUGCCCACUGCUGCCACUAAGGGCAAGACCAACACCAAGACCACAGAGCCUGCUACUGGCAUGCGAGCAAAACCUGUUCGCAAGGCAGCCGCCAGUGCAAGAGCUACCAGAGCCAGUACAAGAUCUACAUCAACUAGUGAGAAGAGAGACAAGUCGCCCUUAAGCCCUAAGAAGGACGCUCAGAACCGGUCAUUAUCCAGAGAUGUCGAUUCUGAUGACGAACUUGCGACAUUGGAAAAGACUCCACUUAAGCCCUUGAUGAAGAGUCCUGUCAAGCCGCCUGCGAAGAAAUCUGAUCUCCUACCACCCACCACUAAGGAAGGCGAUGAUCACACCCAAGAGACUUCAGAGCCGACUGUUGCACCGGCAUUGGGUAGUCCGGCUCGCCGACCACCCUCCUCUCCUUUCAAGGAUGUCAUGAAGUCUCCCGCAAAGAAGGUAGAUGCGGUUCCGCCUUUAGUUCUACCCUCAAAGGAUGAUCAACAGCCUUCACAAUCACCGUCUAAGGUUUCGAUGCUUCAAUCACCUGCUAAGCGACCUCAACUCCCUAUCAAAUCACUCCAACCUCCUUCGCAAGAAUCUAGCGAAAAUUCUCGCUCACCAGUCAAAAUGUCGCUUUUCCAAUCACCGGCCAAGCGACCCACGUCGCCCUUUAAGCUACAAGGACCCUCUGCGCAGUCUUUCGAAGACAAUGCUAAGAGAUUGUUUGCACGAAAGACUUCCCCCGUAGAGAUGGUAUCAGAUGAAGAAGUGCAAGAAAAGUUGGCUGAACAAAUUGUUGAGCAAAUUACUGAGCAACCUGAGACGACCAAGACAGGGGAUGAGAAGCCUGAAGAAAAUGAGGUUGAUUUGGAAUCACCGUCCCUACUCGCUUUCCCAGGACGUCUUUCCGCCGUGCUUCCUCGUCAUGCAGACCCAGCUCUCCGAGAAAACCCUCUUCCUAUGAAGGAAGUGCCUUUGGAACAACCUGAGCCUACCUUGGCCAAACCGGCUGAGGUACAGGAAGAGGUAACCGUCCAGGCCGAUAUCAAUGAGCCAGUCGUUGACGCUAUGGAUGUUGACGAAAUCGAAGCUGAAGUCAAGGACGAGAAUGAGAAUGUUGCUAGUCCUGCUCCGACCACACCUCCUCAAUCACCACCUAAGUCAGCGAUCAACUCGGCAUUUGGCCUGCGAGCUAAGGAUCUAAGCGAUUAUGCCGAUGAAUCCGAAGAUGAGCUUGCAGCUAGCGCGAAGACGCUCUCCAGACUUCAAGAUGAUACAACUGUUACAUUCAGUCAAGUCCCAUCGACGCCAACUCCUAGCACUCUUAAGACACCUCGUGGUCUGCCAUCUAGUGCAGUUAAGGCUGCAAACCGUGCUAUCCGAUCGGUCUCUAAGGGCUCUCGAUUUGGCUUUACUCCCUUGGCCAACCAACUUAAUGAGUGGAAGGCCUCUAGCCCGUCGAAGCUUAGCAAUAGUGUGCAAAUAUCUUCGCCCGAGUUCAAGGAUGAAGGAUUUUCCUUACUCAAGGAGAAUGAUACGGCGCCUGCGGAGUCUACCCCUUCCAAGAGCUUCUUCGACGAAGAGAUGAAGAUUCGUUGCGAGAUGGAGAACCAAGCUGCUAUGGAAGCAGCUCUCGAGGCUGACAUUGAGGCCGCAUAUGGAGAGCCUGAAUUUGAUGAUAUCCCCAUUACCAAUGAGGAUGUCGAAUUGGCUGCUGAGGCGGAUGAGAUGUCGCUCAUGGAAGGCGUCCAACAUGAGGAAACGAAGGAGUUCAACAUUCACGAUGACUCUAUCUCAGAAGCUAGCCAGGAGUAUGGCGACGAGAAUGCCGUACCUAUUGACCCGGCUCUCAUGGCUUCGAAUGCUCAUCGUCUCGAUCCAGUAACUCCGAUGCGAUCAUCCGCACCCAAGGCUCUCCACACAGUUUCUAAGGUACCGCUGAAGCCGGCAGAUGACUCUACCCCAGGGAUUUUCAAGAAGCGUAGCGCUAGUGCCUCUAAGCUUCCUCCUAAUCGUCCAAAUGGUCUCUUCAGGAAUGCGACAGUUAUCUCGUAUUCUCCCACCAAGGAAUCAAAUAAGAUGGAUAUUGAUGGAGAGGAUGAGCUUCAACAAAACCCCGUCACCCCUUCGAAGACAGAUAUAUGGUCUUCAAUGGGUACUCCGGCUCGUACCCCUCGUCGGGAUUUGGAUAAUGGCUUGCUCCGAGGCGCUGUUGUCUUCGUCGAUGUGCACACAAGUGAUGGCGCGGACGCAAGUACUGUUUUUGUGGAGCUUCUCACUCAGAUGGGUGCUCGUUGUGUUAAGAGUUGGCCUUGGAACCCGACAAGUCCUUCGAACAGCGACGGAUCCUCAUCCAAGAUAGGCAUUACACACGUCGUAUACAAGGAUGGAGGCAAGCGAACUUUGGAGAAGGUCAGGGAGACCGGUGGUGUCGUGCAAUGUGUCGGUGUUGGUUGGGUCUUGGAUUGCGAGCGCGAGAACGAGUGGCUUGAUGAGGCACCUUACUAUAUUGAUACCUCUCUUGUACCCCGUGGUGGACGUAACCGCCGCAAGAGUAUGGAGCCUAAGGCACUUGCAAACUUCAACGGCACUCUAGUCACCCCGAUGAAGAGCAACGCAAUGCCUAACCGAGAAUGCGCUACUGUCCCGAACAACCACGUCAGCCGAAGGGAUAGCACUGUUUGGAUGCGCACUCCCUCCGAUCACGACGAGGAUGAAGACGCGCCCGGCGAACAUGACUGGGAUAUGCUUACGCCGGUUCCCAAGACCCCAGCUCCCCAGGAUGUUGCGAGAUAUGCGAUGGACGUUACUCCGGACACACCUAGCACGGUGAACUACGGAGAGGGUUUCUCGCCUGAGAGGGAGGAACUCCUAACGCGCACAUGUCCCGCGAAGAGAAGCUUCUCGGACCUUGGCGGUGGUCUGCUUAAGCAGGAGAAGGACCAGGGUAUUCUGAUGCGUCUCAUGGCUGCGAAACGCAAGAGCAUGCAAUUCGCGCCCAAGGUCGCGAGUCCGCUUUCUAAGGCGUGGAACUAGAUUCCAUGUCUUAGUUUAUUUAUUGCUUUUUUACUUUUGAUUCAGUUCUAUCGUUGAACUCAUAGGGUGGCGUUCAGGCGAGGCGGUACGAUAUGAUUAAGAUAGGGUUAAUCACACAAACAGACUCCUCACGGACGGUUACUGAGAGCUGCUGCAUUAUGCGGAGUGGAGGUUCGUCGUUCGUUCGUUUUACGGGGAUUAGGUACGAGGGGGGAAGUCUUGCAUCGGCAUCGAUGGCGUUGAUUGAUUGCUUGCGUUCGGUUGAGGAUAGCUAGUUAGUUGAGCUGAGACGAGAUGACGCGUUUGUAUUUAGGUAGUCAAGCUGAAUCUCUGGUCGGGGUGCUAAGCGCGAUGGCUUCACCGGAUCGGACCUGGAUCGCUGCUACUGUCUUAGCUAUUCUACUCAGCUAAGCACCUAAGAUAUGAAAAAUGGUUUCUGCAAGUAUGCUUCUUUGAGUGUUUGUGAUUGCUGCCUAGUUGUAUUGCCUGACUAUCUA